AUGAGCAACGAGCGCGAGUUGUUGGAUCCAAUGGACGGUGGCUCUGGAGCUGGCAUGUCCAGUACUGACGACGACGUGAUACCUACUGCUAUUGUUAUAAAAAACAUCCCGUUUGCCAUCAAAAAAGAACAAUUACUCGAGGUAAUCGCAAAAAUGAGCUUACCUUUGCCAUAUGCCUUCAACUACCACUUCGACAACGGCGUGUUCAGAGGUCUGGCUUUUGCCAAUUUCGCCACAACGGAGGAAACAACACAGGUGGUUCAGACGCUAAACGGCAAAGAGAUUGGAGGUCGUAAAUUGAGAGUGGAAUACAAGAAAAUGCUGCCCCAGGCGGAGCGUGAGCGCAUUGAGCGUGAGAAACGUGAGAAACGCGGUCAGCUCGAGGAGCAGCAUCGGUCUGUGUCGAACCUGUCGUUGCAAUCCAUGGGCAAGCCUAUGUCGAGUGUGACGAUGAACGUGGGCGUGAGCUCGAGCUCAGCACAGCUUUUCAAUGGGUUUAUUAACGGCACAUCGCAACCCAGUACCCCCCAACCGCUACUCUCGGCGCAGAAUACUGCAACGUCGAUGAUGAACAAUGUACUUCCCGUGUCAUCCGCUACCGAGCGGUACUACGCACCAUUACCAGCUACGACAAACUUACCUCUGCCACCUCAGCAGCUUGACUUUAAUGACCCUGACACUCUGGAAAUAUACUCACAGCUUCUGCUAUUCAAAGACAGGGAGAAAAGUUACCACGAGUUGGCGUACCCGAUUGGUUUGUCAGCGACGCAUAAGCGGGUCAUCAACGUGAUGUGUUCAUUUUUGGGACUUGUUGAAGUUUACGACCCUAGCUUCAUUGUCAUCAGAAGAAAGGUGCUUGAUCACGCAGCGCUCCAAACCCACUUGCAGCAGCAGGGACAAAUGCAAAUGAUGCAGCCAUUGAAGCCCAGCUCCACGGGUGGUUCUAUGCCUCGUUCGCACUCUUACACCUCUCUGUUACAGGCGCACGCUACAGCUGCGGCAGCGGCUGUUAAUAAUAGUAACCCGCAACAAUCCGCACCUCCUACUCAGUCUCCAUUGUUACAACCAACUGCAUUGCAUCAAUUGGAGACACCACAGCAACAGCAACAGUCAUUGCUCAGACAACAGUCGUCGCAAACUCCAUCCUCUUCAAUUUUGCAAAAUAGAAUUCCGACAGGCUAUGCCACUAAACACAGCACUCCUAUGAACAAUCCAUUGCUGAGGAACUCAAACGUGUCACCGCCAGCAAAUCAGAUCCAACCAAAUACCGGCCAAAGAUUGCCCUCUUUUUACUCACAAGCACCCUCAACUCCUAAAUUGAGCGAGGGUCGUUUCGGACCGGCUCAGCACUUAGUUGCACAGAACACUAAUGGCAGCAUUCACUCUAACUACUCGGUGCAGUCCUUCCAGGAGCCUGCAUCCGAGCAGCAAGGUCAUGAAAUUAUGUAUUCAUCUGUGAAUCAGUUGGGCUUAGGCCCGGAUCUUGAUGAGGGUUUGAAUCGCUCCUUGAGUGGCUUGGACUUGCAAGGCAAGAAGAAUUUGUGGGGAUAG